CUGAUUUUGUGGCUUUCGCUAGCUUGCCAGUACUUCGCUACUGGCAAAAACAAUCUAGCCAGCUAGCACCGAAAGGUUGUCUUGUCAACUAAUUAAAUUAUUGUAAAAACCUAGUAAACAAGCAUUAAAAUGGAAAAAUCUAAUGAAAACAAAUACCCUGGUAAGAAAGAAGAUCCUCAAAAAGGAAGAUUAGCUGAAGAGACAAUAAACUAUUUUAAGAGGGUUGAACAAGUUUUGUUAGAUAAUACAUUUGAAGAUGAGGAACAUAAAGAAAUGUUUGUAAAAAAUGUGUUUAAUCAAAUGGAAAAAGAUGGUAGCCAAUUAACUCGCCAUCCUCUGACUAGUAGGGUCAUUGAGGUGAUUUUACCUAUGCUUAACGCUGAACAAAACCAAAAGCUUAUUUCACAGUUUAAGGAAGAUAUUGACAUUGUAACUUGUGAUCGAUUUGCCAGCCAUGUCGUUGAAGCCUUGUGUAAGAACGUAAGUCAGCAUAAGGAGAACGCUGAUGUUGUAGAAACUUUUCUUUCAUUUUGCAAAGUCUUAAGAAAACAAAGUAAUGGUUUAUUAAGGGAUGCUUAUGGUAGUCAUGUUCUCAGUACUGUUUUGCAAGUGUUAGGCGGUGUUGCCGUACCUGAAAGUAUAACCAAAAGCAGAUCCACAAGAGCAUCUAAAAAAACGAAGGGCAAAUAUAAACCAUUGGUAAAUGCAAAUCUUUUAUCUGGUGCUGUUUCUUUGACAUCCGUUCCCGAGAAAUUUGUGAAAAGCUUUAAAAGGUUUUCCAGAGUAAUACAAGAGGAUGACAAUUUUGGUGAAUUAUUAUGCCACCGGACUGCAAGUCCAGUUUUGCAAGUAUUGUUAUAUGUUAUUAAAGAAAUAAGCAAGACAAAAUACGCCUCUUUAUGUCACCUGGUAGUUGCCCGUGCUGGUAUUCUUUCCCAACAAAAUGUUCAAGAGGAGGAGGAGAAUGAGGAGACUAUUCACAGAUUGCCAGUUGUUUUAACAGAUGAAGUUGGUAGUCAUUUGAUAGAAGCUGUUAUACAAACUGCAGACGAUGCAACAUUUGAGACACUGGCAACAAGAUGUUUCAGGCGAUACAUUAUUUCACUAUGUAUUCACCCUGUCGCAAAUUAUUUGGCACAGACGUUUUUAAGAAACGUCAGAAGUUCUGAACAGGCUGACUUCUAUAUCACAAAGAUACUUGAGUUUAUGGAGGAUAUUCUAGCAAGCGGUAACAUGGGUUGUAUUGUAAGAGCAGCAGAGACACUGGCGCGAUUGGAAAUGGUGGAGAAGCAGAAGUUCUUUUUAAACACACUACAGAAAGCAUUGCACAUACCAAGCAACGAAAAGGACUCAAAACAACUUGCUAGACUCAUUUUAACCAUGAUGACAUACGAUAUGUUUUUUAAGAAAAACGAUGAGGUGGAGGAGAACAAAAAUGAAGAACUGCCAAUAACGGAAAAUCAUUUGGAUAAAAACUCCAUUAAUUAUCAUGGUGCAUGCCUAUUAAAAAGUUGUUUUUCUUUUAAGAAAUCGAAACUUGCUGUAGAUAGCUUUUUAAGUUUGACCGUAGAAGAACUACUCUGUGUUUCGUGCAACCCUAGUGGUUGUUUUGCGUUUGAGAGUUUCUUUCAAAGUAAAUGGAUACCGAAGAAGAAAAAAGACCAAAUGGUUGAAUGUUUGACGAGUUCUAUAUACGUUCUAGCAUGCGAUAAGUUUGGUAGUCGUGUUAUUGAUGCCAUGUGGAAGGAACUUGAGGAGGACGUUCAGGAUAAGUUAAGAUGUGUGUUACGUACACACAAGUCGAAGCUUGAGACUGAUUUGUAUGGUCGGAUUAUUUUGUAUAAUUGCGGUGUGAAACAACAAGUGGUGAAAAUGAGUGAAAUAAAAGAGAAGCAAGAAAGAAAAAGAAGACUUUUCGAAGACAUCUUAGAUGAAAAUAAAGUUCAUGCGGCUCCAGUGAAGAAAGAAAAGAAAACCAAAAAUGAUGAUCGUGCAAAUAAGUACCGAGAGCAGUUGAAGCAACUAGGGAUAUCAUUCGACGAUGAAGAGAAGUCUAAUGAAGAACUUUUGACAAAACAAGUUAAAGACGAGCCACAAGAUGAAAGAUUGUCUCAUGAAAAAUCGUCUGAAGAAAAAUCGUCUGAAGAAAAAUCAUCAGAAGAACAAUUGUCAGAGGAAUUGACACCUUCAAGAAAAAUAAAGCAAAAGAAGAAGAAGAAGAAGAAAACCUGAUGUUAAUGUGAAAUAUAAUAGACCUUACACACAAAUAUUUUUUUGUUGUUUGAGGAGAAUGACGUAUGAAGAUUGGAAUUAUUUUGUUUAAAUAAUUUCAACACCAAAUGGAUUUGAAACCGAUUAAGAGCAUUAAACCUAUGAUCAAUUAAAAUGCUUGCUCUGGUAGUGGUGCUUGUACUUCUAUAUGAAAUAUUUUUGAUCUCGUGUCUCUCGCGAAAGUUUUUAAAUGCUUUAUAAGAAACAUACUUUUCGAGAUA